AUGCAGUGGCGGUAUGUGUUGUGGGGUGGUGCGCUGGCGGGAACGGUGGCGGCGUACUGGCUCGUCCGCCCUCUCAAGGUCGCCGUCCUCAUGGGCGUCGACGGCGGGGUGACCCGCGAGCCGCAGGCCAAGCUCUGCACUAUGGCCUUCCUCUUCCCGGUACUACAUCUGUACAACACCGGCGUUUCGUCGCUAUCCCUCUCCCGCCUUGUCGCCGUCGUCGCAGCUGCGCAGAUCGCCAUCUUCUCCGCUCUCGCUCUCGUCCUCGUCCCGGCCGCAGCCACCGGCUCGCUCGCCGCUGCCUACGCUGCCUACGCCCUCAUUGAAUCGGUCGGCUCGCUGACAGUCACCAUGAUGUGGUCGUGCAUUUCAUGUGGCAUACACGCCGAAAAGGCGCUAGUCGUCUACCCGCGCCUGACCGUCACCCAGCAACUCGGUGCGCUCGCCGCAUCGUACGCCGCCUCCUGCCUUGCAGACGCCUACCAAAGCCCAAGCGUGCUGGUAGCCGCUGGCGGCGCGGCAGCGAUUGCCGGCACUGCGUCGGCGCUCGCCGCUCUCGCCGCAUCGCCGGCAUCGCUCGCCGCAGAGAACCUCGACGAGCUCCGCGCCUCCGACACCGCAUCCGAGACGUCCGAGGAGGACGGGAGGGCGCACGCCCGCGCUGCCGCUGCUGCUGCUGCUGGUGCAGGCAAAAGGAACCCAGGCGCGCUCGAGCUGCUUGCCACUUACGGCUCGUUCAUUGCACACAUGACCAUCAUCUCGUGUGCCUCGGACGUCCUCAUGGCGGCGAGCGCGGCAUACGAGACGCCCGCGGCAAUGGCCGCAUUUGUGGCUAGCGUAGGGACCGUCAUCAAUGUGGCCACGCUGGCCGUCUCGCUCGCCGGGCCCGGCCCGAUUGUCCGCGCGGUCGGCCUCCGCACGGCGCUCCUCGCCUUUCCGCUGGUGGCCAUGGCGGUGGUGUGGGCAGUUGCCCUGGCGAGCUCACCGGUCCUCGCCCUCGCUUUCGCCGUCGUCGUCCUCAAGACCUGCAAGUAUGCACUCAACACGCCCGCCAAAGAGCUCAUCUACGUCCAGGCUCGGCCCGAGGUCAAACUCGCGGUCAAGCCGUGGAUUGACGCCGUUGGCGGCCGGUCAGCCAAGGGCUUUGGCUCGCUGGCCAACACUGCGCUACUCGCCAUCGCCCCGAGCGGUGUGCAGCUCCACUGGCUCUCGUCGGCUGCCUGUUCGGCCGUUGCAGUGGUCUGGGCAUGGUCGGCCGCGCAUGUUCAUUCAUGGUCGGCCGGAGCGUAG